AUGAGACAGAGGCUGUUCCUAGGGUUGCACACUUCGUGGGAUGAAGGGUCAGCUGUGGCCUUUGCUCAUGUGCCCUCCGCUUGGAGCCGGGUCGCCACUGCUGACUUGCAGGCAGCACGCCCGUCCCCUUCGGAUUUGAAAGGAAUUGCAUUUGUCAUCCAGAGUCAAAGUAAUUCUUUUCAUGCAAAGAAAGCAGAACAGUUAAAACAAAGCAUCUUAAAGCAAGCUGCAGAUCUUACACAGGAAGUCCCCAGAGUCCUCCUCCUUCACCAGCUGGCNCAGCAGGAAGGCGCGUGGACCAUACUUCCGUUGUUACCGCACUUUUCUGUAACAUACAGCAGAAAUUCAUCAUGGAUUUUCUUCUGUGAAGAAGAGACAAGAAUACAAAUUCCACAACUCUUACAAGCACUCAGAAGAUAUGACCCAUCAAAGGAAUGGUUUUUAGGAAAAGCAUUACAUGAUGAAGAAUCCACAAUAAUUCACCAUUAUGCCUUUUCCGAAAAUCCUACAGUUUUUAAAUAUCCAGACUUUGCUGCUGGCUGGGCCCUUAGUAUUCCACUGGUAAACAAGCUUACCAAGAGAUUGAAGAGUGAGUCCCUGAAAUCCGACUUUACAAUCGAUUUAAAAUAUGAGAUUGCUCUCUACAUCUGGGACAGAGGUGAUGGACCGCCCCUCACUCCUGUGCCUGAGUUUUGUACAGACGGGGUAGACUCUUCCUGUGCCACCACAUUUCAUUCUUUUCUACCGCUUUGCGGAAAUCCAGUGAAGAAGAAGGAUAUUUUUGUUGCUGUAAAGACGUGCAAGAAAUUUCAUGGUGACAGAAUCCCCAUCGUAAAGCAGACUUGGGCGGGGCAGGCAGGUCACAUCGAAUACUACAGCGAUUACGCAGACACUUCUGUCCCGACGGUGGAUCUGGGAAUUCCUAAUACAGAGAGAGGUCAUUGUGGAAAGACAUUUGCCAUUUUGGAAAGAUUUUUGAAUCACAGCUAUGACAAAAUAGCAUGGUUAGUCAUUGUGGAUGAUGACACAUUAAUAAGCAUCUCCAGGCUCCAGCACCUGCUGAGCUGUUACGAUGCCAGCGAACCUGUGUUUCUGGGAGAGCGUUACGGCUACGGCCUGGGCACCGGUGGCUACAGCUACGUCACAGGAGGAGGAGGGAUGGUCUUCAGCAGAGAGGCAAUCAGGAGACUUCUCGCCAGCAAGUGUCGCUGCUACAGCAAUGACGCUCCAGAUGAUAUGGUCCUGGGGAUGUGCUUUAGUGGGUUAGGAGUCCCUGUGACACACAGCCCUCUCUUCCAUCAGGCUCGGCCUGUGGAUUACCCUAAGGACUACCUGUCUCACCAAGUUCCCAUAUCGUUCCACAAGCACUGGAACAUCGAUCCCGUGAAGGUCUAUUUCACAUGGUUGGCACCCAGUGAGGAAGACAGAGCCAGGCAGGAGACACGAAAAGGCUUUAAAGAAGAGUUAUAAAGCAUGGUGGCCUGUGGGCACAGGUAGGACACAGAAGCAGAGACUGGCAUUGUCCUGCUGUGCUGGAUCACACUGCUUACGUGCGACAUGCAGCACUGGAAGCUUCCUGACUUUAGGUGGACGUUAUUAUACGGUAAUUUUUGAGUUGAGGGUGGGGAAGGAGUCAUAGGGAAAACAGAGAUUUUUGUUUUCUGGGAAAGGUCACUUGCUUUAGCAUUAUGCAGUUAUUGUGAUACACAAUGAUUACUGUGUAUUUUUCAAGCUGUGAAACAGCAGCUUUAUUUCUGUCAUAGAAAAAUAAACGGUACCAGAA